AUGUCUUCAGAUAUUUAAGUUGAUUUACUUAAGAGAAGACAAUAACAUGAAGCUUUUUUCAAAUGUUUUAAAGAUCAUUUGCUAGAAUUACAAUUUCCUUCAGAUGAAGAGUGUAAAUAUGCAAUUUAAUUGUAGUGAAAGCAGCAAAAGAAGGAGGAGGACAAUUAGGUAGCAAACUCAUGAAGUUAGCUUAAAAUAGAGAUUUACAUCAUACUGAAAUGUCAGAUACUUAUGGGCUUGAAAAUGAUUAGAAUAGAGAUCGCUAUAAAAAAAAGAAUUAUUUAAAUCUCUUUUAAGUAGAAAGAGGACCUUGUAGAAUAUGUUCUAACAAAGAAGUUAAAUGUCCUUUUUAUAGAGCUUGCUUUAAUAUUGAGACUUUUAGAGGAAUAGAGCUUUUUUCUUGUUUGAAUUGUGGAUGUCCCAUGAAUAGUCAUGUCAUUUUAUAAUCUGAUUAUAAUUUUUCAAACAGUAUUUGCUCAUAAGUGAAUCGUAGAUACAUUAAUGAAUCUCAUUUGUAAUUCAAAGCCUGUAUCUCUAUCUUUUUUGUAGAUAUCAAUACUGCAAAAGACUUUAAAAUUGAUAUCGAAGGUUUUAUCACAUCAUUGAAUGAAGCAGGUUUUAAUGCUCUUUCAUUUUAUGAAAUGGAUAUUUCUACUCUCUAAAAAAUAUGGCUAGAAAAAUCGCUCUAUAGCAAAAAAUCACAUAUUAAAGUACAAGAGUUUCAAUAAUAUUAUCACUUCUUUGGAACAUUCUUAGAAAUGAUUUCUAAAUUUGGAGUCAAUGAUAAAUUUGCUUUAUAAGAUUGCUUAUAAAAUCCAGAUGAUAUUAGAAUUUUGGAAUUUUAUCUCAAUAGAUUAGAAAAAGUUAAUUAAAAAUUAGGUUUAGCGUAUUAAAGGAAUAAAGUAGCAUUUAUUUUUCUAAUCUCUGGUAAUUAGUAAUAGUUAUAAAUUGAUUUUAAAAAGUUUUUAUUUGCUGCUAAGUCGUAAUUAUCUUAUUUGCAUACUGACUAUUAGAAAUACUUAUAUGAGGAAAUAAAAUAUUCUGAUAAAUCUUAUCAACCUUCAGAUAGAAUCAAAACAAGCUCAACUUAAGAUUUAUUUUAUACUUAAUAAUAGCAAUAGAAGUUUUAGGAAUUUCAAUAAAAAUUUUAACAAAGGUCUUAAGAUAUGGUUUAUUUUUAUUCAUCUUAAACUAAGAAUAAAGCAAUUAGAGAUAGUUUGUUAUUUUUUCCAUAAUUUUUUAAAUUGAAUGUUGUCUCAUUCCUUUUGACUUAGUAAUUAGAUGAAAUCCAUAAUGAUAGACGAAAAAUGAAUGAUACAUUUAUGGAUAUGUUAGAUUUUAAUAAUAUUAGUAUAUUUAAAUAAGACUUUGGUUAAGUUUUAUAAAGAACUUUGAAUGAAGCUUUCAGAUUUAUACCAAAUUAAGAGAGAUUUUUGAAAAGUAUACAAUUUGAUGGAAGUGGUGUAAAUGUUAAAAUAGGAUAUAAAAUUGGUACUUAAUAAUUAAAUAUUAUGUCAUAAAAUUUACCGAAUUAUUAUAAAAUAUCUUAAACAACAUAAAAUCAAACACUAUGUGAUAGAUUAUGUCCUGAGAUAUUUUAUAAUUAAAGAAUAUUGAUUAUUUAUAGGCCUAUAGUAAUUAAAAGCAAUUUAUCGAGUUUAUUAAACAAUGUUUGGAAAUUAAACGAUUUCAUUGAAAUAGAUUCAGAUUAUAUUAGAUUAUCAUAAUAAGAAGCUAGAAUGCUUGCAUAAAUCGAAAAGAUUCAUCCAUAAAAUCUGAAUAAUUAUUUAACAAUGAUGACUGAAGGUUAUUCUUAAGUAGUAUUAUAUGCAAGACCAGGAGCAUAUUAAGGAGCUAAAAUUAUAUCAGAUGGGAGUAGAACUGGUUUAAAAGUUAGAUAAUCAAAAAAAUUAUAAGAAUUGUAAAUUUAACAUUCAGCAAAAACAGGAUAAUUUGUAGAAAAAUUACCAAUGAAUUUUCAUAAUUUCUUCGAGUAAUUUACUUCAUAAAAUAUAUUUUAAUCUAUAAAAGAUCUUUUUAAUUUAGAAGAAUUAGUUUUAUAAGAGAAUACAACUAAAAUUAAUAAGAAUAUAUUUGUAAAUGAAGAUGAUCAUGUAUUUUUAGUACCAAAUUAAGCUGAUUAAACUGGUAUUUCUUAAUAAUUAAAAUUAUAAUUAAUUAAAGAUUUACCUAAAGAAAGUAUAAUAAUAAAAUUUAAUAAAUAUAGAUUACAAUUAUUAUAUUUUUACAAGUAAUGACGAAAUAGUUACUGAAUAAUUGACCUCUUUAUUUAUUCCAGAAUGUACUCAAAUUGGUAUUUAAGUAUUAUAAUAAUACUAGAACACAUUUAUUUGAUUAUUAAACCAGUAGUGAUAUAGAAUAGUAAAGAGAAUAUAGUUGAUGAUAUAAAGCAACUAAUUUCAAGAAUGAAAUUUUCUAUUUUUGAUUGUAAAUAAGUUAGUUUGUAGGAUGAGGAAUUAACUAAAUUAAUAAGUUUGAUAAGUCCUUAUAAAUUAAUUAAAUAAGAUCUAUAGAAUCACAUAACAGAAUAUAAAUAAGCUCCAUUAUAUAUGUUAAGUUUGAUGAAAUAAGCAGGAAUGAAAGAAAUGAAAAACUUUUUAACUGGAUUUAAUUUUUAAGUUCCUAAUUAUACAAAACCAUAACUUAUUCAUGAAAUAAAACCAUAUCUAAUUCCUUGUUUAAAUUAUGAAAUAAUAAGAUUUAUUUCUGCAUAAUUUAAUAAUGGAUUUUAUAAAUUUGAUGCUUAGACUUUUGAAUAAGAUAGUAUGAAUGAAUAAUUAUUAUAUUUAUUGAAAUAUAUGUUAGCAUAUAGUGUUGGAGUAAAUAUGGAUAGUGAUUGUGAAAAGUUAGUAUAAGAAUCAACAAAAAGACAUACUAAUUUUAAAGUAUCUAGUAUUUCUCAUGGAGAUUUUGAAAUAAGAAUUAGAUCAUUUCAUGAUUAAACUAAAUAUACUAAAAAUUAUGAAUUAUAGUAGGAUUAUGAAUUAUAAUCAUGGUAUUAUAUGAAGAUAAAUUCAUUAUUUCCACAAAGAGCUCCUGUUGUAUAUUAAUACAGAAUAUUAUUCCCUGAAAGAAUAGAAUGUGGAGAGAUUGAUUAAGUUUUUGAUUGUUAAGAAUAUCCAGGAAGAAACUUUUUAUUAGAAAUAUAUAGAUAAGUUUUUGACUUUGGAUAUAGUGUAUUUGAAGCACUUAAAAAUGAAAAAUUAAAACAUGUUGAAGAAAAACAUAAUAAAACAUAAAAAGAAAUAUUAAAAAAAGAAGUUAAAUCAUUUGAAGAUUAAAUGGCUAGAGUUAGUCAAUAUAUGGAUAGAAGAUCUAAAAUGAUUGCUUAUUUUUGGGGUAUUAAAUUAGCCAAGUUUACAAAGGAAUUAGAAUUAAUUAAUAGUGAUGAUGAAUUUCCUAAUGGAUUUGGUGAUAUUCUUAGAAAAGAAAAUGGUUAUGAAUGUAAAUAUAAAAUUAAAACACCUGAAUAUGAACAUAUUAGUUAUGUUUAUAAAAAACACUAUAAAUAAGUAUUUGAAAACAUUAAUACUUACAUUUCAGAAAAAUUAGAAAGCGAUGCUAAUUUUCAUGAUGAAUUAAAUUAAAUGUAAUCAUCAAACUUUGAAUUUGGUUAAUCUUAAUUAUUUUCUUAAAUUGAUUAAAAAAAAGAAAUUAGUAAAACUAAUGUUGAAAGAAGAUUAAAUAGAUUCUUUAAUUCUAUUUUACCUAAUGAUUAAUGUUGUGAAUUAUUAAAAGCAAAUAUGAAUGAAUUUAAAAUAAUACCAAAUAAUUUAUAAUUAUAUCAAAUUAGAAUACAAAAUGAAAGAGAAUAAAUUAAAACUUAAUAAUUUGACAAUCAAACUACAUUUUUUGAUUGGAAUCAUGAAGCUAAUGAAUAGAAACGAAAAAAAGAAGAUGGUGAAUAAUAAUUAGUUACUCCUUAUUGUAAUUAUGUAUUAUCACACUGUUUACCUAUAGUACGUUCCUAAUAUGAAUUAGCUGCAAAUGUUUUAUAUUUAUUGCUUGUUGAACUUAGAUAAUUAAAAUUUUAUGAUAAAUUUAUAGAUUUACAAAUUUUAUAAGAAGAUAUUUAAUUCAAGUUGAGUAAAUCAAAAAAAACUGAAUUUUCAAGUAGAACAGAUAAAAUUAAAAUUUAAUUAUCUGAAAUGUCUAAAACAGAUUAUUUUGAUUGGUUUAAAAGUAACUUUUAAAUUGUUAAAUAAGAAACAAUUGAAUAAAUCAUUAAAGGAUUUAAAGAUUCUUAUUUUAUUAAUGAGAAUAUGGUCUAAUAAAUGUAAUAAAUAUAUAAAGAAUAAUAAUAUAAUAAGAAAAAAUAAAUGCCAGAUUUAUUAUUCAUGUUUCUUUAUAUGAAAUGUUUAGAUGAAAUGGAUAAAUAUAUUAAUCUACAUAGAUAAGUUAAAGAAAGAAUGGCUGCUUUGAGUAAAAAAUCAUUGAAAAUGGAAUAAUAUUUUAAUUAAACAGAUGGUCCUAUAGAUGCUUAAAAAUAAGAUAAUAAUACUAUGAGAUAUUCAGAAAUUGAACAUUUAAAAAAUGAAUAAAGAUAAUAUGAAUUUUAUAUUAAAACCAUAUUAGUAUACAUAGCAAGUGAUGAAUUCUAAAAAGAAUUUUAUUUUGACAGUGAAUAAGCAGAAUUAAAAUCAAAUUAAGUUAAAAUAAAAGAAUUAAAAUUUAAUUUAGAAUAUUAUAGUCAUUAUAUGUAAAAUAACUUAACUCAUUAUGAUAAUGAAGAAAGAGAAGCUGAAAUUUAGGAUCAAAUAGCAAAAUAUUUUGGAUUCAAAUAAGAUAAUAAUUAAUAAAAAGAAUUUAUUGAAUCUAAAAGAUAUUUCUAACCAUUAGAAUAAGGGAAUAAUAAAAAUGAAUGGGGUAAAUUAGAUUAAGAAACAAUUGAUGAAAGAAUGUAAGAAUUAGAGAAAAAAAGAAGAGAUGAAUUAAUUUUAAAAAUAUAACAGAAUGACACUAAAAUUCCUUAUUUAAAAGAUUACAUCAAAGAUGAUAUUCAAUCUAAAUGGGUUGAAGGAAUGGCAGCUUAAUAAGGCAAAUUUGUAGAUGCCAGACCUGAUAAUUAAAAAACAGGAAUUUAUGUGGAUACUGUAAAAACAGUUGAGAAGAAAUUAGAUGAUAAAAUAGAUUAAGUCAUUAAGAAGUUUAUGUAGGAUAAGAUGAAUAAUUUUAAUAAGAAAUGA